AUGUCGUCCAGCCUGCCUCUGGCAGUAGGGUCUCAUCCAUUAGGCAUCAAGCCUUUGGGCAAUGCAUGGUUUGAUGGCGUGCAGAGUACUAGAUCUCAUGACUUAGGUUAUUUUUCCAAGCUGGAAGAUGCCUUUCUUCUUCAGCUUCUCAUUGAAUGGCUAGACGCACCCAGUCUUCUUCGCCUCAGUGCUGCUGGUCGGUCGUUCUAUGCCUUAGGAAACACGCCUAGUGUCUGGCGUGAAAAAUAUAUUGCAGAUUUCCAUGAAGAUAUCUUAGUGUGGCAUGGAAGUUGGCGGGCUAUGUAUGCGGCUGCUCAUCUUAAACGUCAGUCUGCAUCAGAGCAUGACUUGGCUAUGAUCCGAGCCGCAUCGCAAUGCCAAGUGUCGGCCAAAGGCGUUUAUUCUGAGGCCAUAUACCAUGAAUUCAUGACAUCUGCGUUUGAUCCAGCCCCCUUUUUGGAGCACCAUGCACGCCUCGAGCAGAAACGUUUACGGCGUGUUCGCAAAGUGUCUACCGAAGAAGCACAUGGUCAUCCUAGGUUUUCUGACAACUUCACACGCGUAAAUGCCAAAAAGAUGUCUGCAUUUGACUUUGUUUCUCACUAUGCAGAAAAGAAUUAUCCUUGCAUUUUGGUGCACGCCACAGAGGACUGGCCAUGUCGUACAUGGUCACUGGAUUAUAUUUGUCAGGCUUGGGGUAGCCGCAUCUUUCAAGCAGAAGCGAUUCGAAUAAGCGGACGAGCCUAUAUUGACUAUGCGAGGUCUUAUGGGGGUGGUGGACAACCAGACAGUCAAAUUGGAGCGGUGCCUGAUACAUCGCCCUUCUAUUUAUUUGAUGCUACCGUAGCAGCCGAGGAGGUUGAAGCAUCUAAAGGGUGGCGUAUUCCUUCCGCUAUUGUACGAUACCCGGCGCAAUACACUGAAUCUUCCUCUGACGAAGAAAGUGCUGAUGCUACACGUGCUGAUCUCUUCUCACUCAUGGGUGCCAUGCGUCCUGACUAUCGUUGGCUCAUUGCGGGGCCUGCAAGGAGCGGAAGUGGUUGGCACAAAGAUCCAAAUAUGACUUCCGCUUGGAAUGCUGUGAUGCAUGGUACAAAGUAUUGGAUGAUGCUCCCUCCUGAUGUAUCGCCUCCUGGUGUAUUUGUGUCGGAAGACCAUUCAGAAGUAACAGCGCCUGCUAGUUUAAGUGAAUGGAUGCUGGACUUUUAUGCUGAAACUAAGGCCAAACACGGGCGGCGUGAAUGUGGUGGAGAUGGACAGCUAUUGGAAGGCGUUUGCGCCGCAGGGGAAGUGAUGUAUGUCCCCAGUGGCUGGUGGCAUCUUGUGAUCAACCUGGAUGAGUCUGUUGCCCUUACCCAAAACUUUGUCAGUAAAGCCGAAUUGUCUUCUGUAUUGGCCUUCAUGAAAUAUUCGCCUGAUCAAAUCAGCGGGUUCCGUUCCAAGACCGGCAAAGAGACCUUGUACGAUACCUUCUUAUCUCGUCUGUUGGACUAUGAUACAACUAUGACACAGCAGGCUGUCAAUGAAAUGAAAAAGCCCGCCUUUUGUGCACCUGCAACGGACGUAUCCAAAGAGGAUAGUCACGUAAGUUGGCGUGAACGCCUGUGCCAAGAUGCUACAGCAACCUCGACUUGGUCACUGGCAGGAUGCAUUGAUGACAGCGAGUUGGGUGAUAUACCCUGGUCAUAG